CCCACAGCACCCAGUCCAGCUGGAGCAGAGGGCAUCGCGGUGGCCUCUUUCCAGCAAGAAUGGCACCGCCUGGGCUGGAGGCUGCGUGCCCCUUUCAAGGAGGCCACCAGAUUCAGCCAAGCAAGGCCACCUGGGAUUCCUACGCGACCACAAUGAGGACUGCAUUCACGCCCAAGACGGGAGCGGUGCCUGCUUUAAUUCGGUAGAUCCCGAUUUGUGUCAGGUCGAUGGACUCACCUUCGUCUGUUCGCCUGUGUUCUGUUAUUCGGAGUCCCAAGCCAACAGAAAGCAGUCAUCAGAGAAGGUUUAGAAAAGUGCACUCAGGUAGAACCUGUUGCGUGCACAGUGCUCCUCCAAGCACCAGACAGGCUUUCCCCCCUUCGGACCCUAUCCAGACCUCCUACAGGAAAACUAAGGAAAGAAACACAUGGAUCCUUCAUAAAGUCACUGCGGGUCAGGGCAAUAGAGCCAGUAUGUAGGUUAACGGAAUUAUGCUACUCAAAAACAUAGAGCAGGCAUUGCAUUCAUUACCUGGUAGGUAGUAGGCAGACAAUGACGAUUCAGUAACUGGAUGAAUGAAGAAUUGUUAGCACUUGAUCAUCAACACUCAUCUUGGAAGCUGGAGGGCCACGACCCACUCACCCUUACCUUCACUCCUCCACUCACUGCUUCCUAAGUGGCCUCUCAGCGUCUCCCAUUUCCACCUGAAUUGUGCGGGGUGGGAAUUUCUGUCCGUCAGCUGCCUCUUUAAACUCAUUGGUGGGUGAGUGAGAGUGGGAUCAGGAAAGCCUCGUUACCGUUCAUCGCAUCACGGGUGGAUGGGAAACCAGCAUGGAGACGCUUCACCGGCCUGUGUUUACUCUGUGAAUUGUUUCCAAUAAAGAGGAUCCUGGCACCUUAAAAGUUCAAGCUGCUGAGAAGUCAAAUGGAUCGUGGGCAAGACCACGGCUGAGGAGUCGGGCAGAAAUGGGCUCUGACCUCCGCUCUUUGCUCUACCCCUUCUUAUCUCUGUUACCUUCGGCAGGUGACAAGCUGUGGCUCAGUUUUAUGGUUGGCAAAGUAGGAAUAAUGAUUCCUGCCUCAGGUGGUGGUUCUGAUGACAGAAGAAAACACUAGUACAGUGACCAGCAUGGAGAAGUAACUCAAAAUUUUUCAUUAAUUCCCGCCCCCCAGGGUAAUCUCUGAUAGACUUUCACAAACUACAGGGCUGUAAGACUCCUCAGUGGCUAUCCCACUGAGUUACAUUAUGUCCCCUAACUGGGAGAUUUAUCAUCUGACGGUAAUGAUCAUGCCAGCUUCCCAGACAGUAACAGUUGUCUGAAGAAGAAACAUUUGGGAUAAGAGCCAAAAAACAAAUGGGUACUAAUGGAGUCUAGUCGAAAGGGUAUCAGAAGACUAGGAUAUACCUAUUCACUUAGUGACCCUAUUCCCAAUCAGACACAGUACAACGAUGAGUAUGUUUGGAAAUCAUAUUCUAAAGAAGACUGGAUCAAAACCGGGACUUCAAGAGGAGUCAGGAGCCAAAUAUCUCGCCCCAGUCAAGAUUUCUUUCUCUGGACGUUGCCUCAGGGCCAAUCAACAGCAUCAAUAAAGAGCCACCUCCCUUGGAAAAUCGCUGCUACAAAGGAAGAGGUUAGGAAGGCGAUAGCAAAUCAGUUUAUUUCUAGUACUAGAAGAGACUUUGUGGACACAGCAAAAGCUCAGGAGAUUCAGGAAAGUUCUCAGAUGUCGCUGGGACAGAAAAAGUUACUUCCUCGACCUGUGGACACUGAGUUUCGACGAAAUUACCAAGUUCCAGCUAAAAUUCCUGAGCUUCAGGACUUUAGCUUCAGAUAUGGAUGCCACUCAAGCCUCCCAGUUGCUUCUCAGGGUCUAGUCCCUUCCGUGCUGUACAGCCACAUGAGGAAUCAAGAACGCACAAAGAAGCAGACUACGUACCAAAGUGAUUAUGGGAAGACCUACCUGGAUUUCUUAGUGAUUUUAAACUCAUUUACUCCCUCUCAAAUCACAGAGUACCUUCAGAGUCUUUCCUACAAAGACAGACAAAUUCUUGAUCUCUUUAUUCGCUCUCACUGUGGCGUUGACAUGGGACAGGAAAAUAACGGAAACGGUUCAAAUGAAGAAAAUUGAAAAUCAAUGAAAGCACCGGGUCAGAGGGCCUACUGCGUCAUUUUUUCAAUAAUGAAAACAUAAUAAGAUCCAAAUUGUUCUAAAUAAUUUAUUCGUGAUGCUGUGUAAUUUUGUUUUUUUUGUUUUUAAACAAUAAAAUCAUUUAAGGUCAUAAGUACUUCCCACCACCA